CCUAGGCCUGAGCCGGGCCAGCGAGGCAGCUGUUGGCCGGCCAUGCUGCGAGGGCUGGCGGCAGCGCGGAGGGUCCUGCUGCCCGUGAGGCGCCCGGGGAGCGGCGGGCCGGGGGCGCCAUGGAGUCCGCCCUCUCGCGGGAGCCGCUGGCGGCUGGGCCCCGUGGGGCUGGGGCUGGCCCUGACGGCGGCGGCGGCGGCGGCUGUGGGGAGCGAGGAGGAGCGGGAGGGCCCUCGGCCGGAGAAGGGCUUCGCCCGGGCCGUGGCCAGCAGCAGGGACCUGCUCCAGCGGCUGAAGGAUGAAGUGGGAGCUCCUGGAAUAGUAGCUGGAGUUUCUGUAGAUGGCAAAGAAAUUUGGUUAGAAGGAAUGGGUUAUGCUGACGUGGAGAACCGUGUGCUCUGCAAGCCAGAGACCGUCCUGCGAAUUGCAAGCAUUAGCAAACCUCUGACUAUGGUUGCUGUUGCAAAGUUGUGGGAGGAAGGAAAGCUGGAUUUAGAUGCUCCAGUGCAGAAGUAUGUUCCAGAAUUUCCUGAAAAAGAAUAUGAAGGUGAAAAGGUCACCAUUACAACAAGACUGCUCACUUCACAGUUAAGUGGGAUUCGCCAUUAUGAGAAAGAUAUUUCCAAAGUAAAAGAAGAGAAGGAAAAGGCCAACAGAACCCUGAAGGCUACAAAAGAUAUCACAACAUCUGACAGAGAGAAAGAAGACAAAGUCUCUGAAAAAACUGACUUUGCUAAAGCCAAGCCGGAACACAAAGGCAAUCCUUCCAAAAGUGAAAAGAAAAAAUCAGAGUUUGAACAUAAAGAAUAUUAUUUGAAAGAAAAAUUUGAUAAUGUGAUUGAUUCACUGAACUUAUUUAAAAACGAUCCUUUGUUCUUUAAACCAGGUAGCCAGUUUUUGUAUUCAACUCAUGGAUUUACUCUUCUGAGUGCUGUUGUGGAGAGAGCCUCUGGUCAGAAAUUCACAGACUACAUGCUGAAAAUAUUUAGUGACCUGGAUAUGCUGGCAACAGGAUUGGAUGAUAAUGAGCCCCUUAUAUACAACAGAGCGAGGAACUACAUUCACAACAAAAAAGGCCGUCUGGUCAAUGCACCCUAUGUGGACAACUCCUACAAGUGGGCUGGCGGUGGCUUCCUCUCCACAGUGAGCGACCUUCUUAAAUUUGGCAACGCUAUGCUGUAUGGCUAUCAACUUGGACAGCUGGAAAACCUCGCUGCUGGACUCCUUCCUGGCUAUCUCAAACCUGGCACCGUAGCGAUGAUGUGGAGGCCAGUUCCAAACACAAAAGCACCUGGGGACAAAGAUGUUAAAUAUGGGAUGGCGUGGAGUGUGGUGGAGAAUAAGCAGGAAUAUGGCUUCUGCAGGCGGCAGCGACACUAUGCCUACCACACGGGUGGGGCAGUGGGUGCAAGCAGCGUCCUGCUCAUUCUUCCUGAAGAGCCAGACUCUGCAGCUUCAAACAGUGGCCCACUGGUGCCACCCAAGGGUGUGGUGGUCACAGUUAUUUGUAAUAUGCAGUCUGUUUCCCUUAGCAGCAUUGCCUUAAAGAUUGCAAUGGAAUUUGAACAGGAUAAGUUGGCACAGUACACUGUUAAAAGCAGCUCCUUACAGGAUUAAACAAGGUUCCAAAAGAAAUGUGGAAAGCUAUAUAUGCUGACAGGUGUCCAUAGCACUGAAAGCAUCAUAUUGCAAAGGCAUGCCCCCAUUCUUUGUUGGUUGUGCUGCAUUCAAACUCGCUACUCAGGGAAGCAGCCAUGUGGGUCAAGCAAACUCUCAUUAAAGGUAUUUCUCAGGUGCAAGUUGCCAAAAGUGUGAGCAGUGGUAACUUUUGCCACCUAAAGCCAAAUCUAGUUGCCAAUCACAUCAUUUCACUUCUUCAUUCUCUGAUCUUAAUUGAGAAAUUGACUUUUAACUUUCACUGUUGUAUUUGAAAGAUUGAGAGGGGUAGGGCUGGGCGAUGCCAGCUUUUCAACAUUGUGAUGUACCAGCCAAACAUCCCCAUCUGACGAUACACCAUGAUGUUGAAACAGAGGGAGGAACAAGCUGCAUUGGCCAGGAGCUGAGGCCAAUGCAGCUUGUUCCUCUUGCCAGACACUGGGGGUGGAGGGAGUCAGCCAGACAGUGGUAGCCAAGUGCAGAGUCUGUCAGGAUCUGUGCGUUUGCCUGCCUUUGCCUUCACCCAAGCAAGUAGUCUUUUCUCCUGGGAUGAAAGACCACUCUGGGGGGAAAGACACACCCCACCCUCCUGGGUGAAGGCAGCCAGGUGGUAGCCAAGUGCACAGAGCCUGUCAGGCUCCUUCCGUUUGUCUGCCUUCCCCUACACCCCAGCGAGCGUGCCAGGUCUUUACUCCCAGGUGACCGACCACCCCUGGAGGAAAGAUGCAGCUCACCCUCCCAGACGAAAGCAGCCGGGUGACAGUAGCCAAGCGCCCAGAGCCUGGGAAGCUCCAUUCACAAGGCUGCCUCUGCCUUCGGCCAGAGCACGGUGGCAGUUUCACCCGGCGGUAUAUUGCAAGUGAAACCACCGCUGCUCCUGAGUCCCUCUGCCUACAGCACCUGGCUUCAGCUUGUUUCUCCUUCGGCACGCUGGGCACUUGGGAGCAUCAACUGUUUCACUCAGAAUAUACCGCCUGAUGAAACUGCCAUCGCAGUCUGGCCCUCAUAUUGGUCUUGGGCAAUGUAUUGAUACAUCACCUAGGCCUAGACAGGAGUGGCGAAAACCCAGGGGAUGACUGCCACAGGCACCGCUUGACUCAAGUACAGUUGUGGCAAGACAGCAGGAGAGCAACAGAGGUCUAUUAAUCAGGCAUGGUUUUGGUUCUGCUAUGCCUGCUUUUGGGUGCCAGCUCUCAAUAACGGACAGAGAAAGGCCGCAGGGACUGAGCUCCUAAGAGCAACAAUUCCCAUCAGCCCCUUAGGGACAGUCAAAGGACAAGGGUGAGCUAACCUCCUUCCCCUUCUUGCUGGAACCGUUAGCAGGGCUCAAGCCUCCACUUCAGUAACAUUGAUACAAAGUACAGAAAGGUACUAAAUCCUGCAGUUAUGGUGGGAUUGACUUUACAAGAGACUCUUAAGUUUAUGUCGGGUGCUGCUAUUUUGCUUUUAAUAGUUUAAGAACUUGCCCACCCAGUAAUAAUUUCCUAGACUUGAAGGUAGUCGGGUGUGUGUGUGGAAUUUUGGUAUCAUGUUUGCCUCACAAUAGCAAAAUUUUAGUUGGUGUCAGGUAGGCAUGGUCACAAUAGGCUGCCAAUGUUGCUCCCUGCCAAUCAACACUUUACUGCGUGUAUUAUUUGUGAAGUGUAGGAAACAGCCAUUUGAAAGCUUUAAGAGAAGUUUACAUUUAUUUAAAAGCUUCACUCCUAUGUGCAUCUAUUUGGGAGUAAGCCCUGUUGAAUAAAUGAGACGUGCUCCCGAGUGAAUAGAUUGAGGCUGCACCUGAUAUUUUUUCUUUCUACUUGCUCUUCUCUAGAAAGCAUACAAGAUGGUCCUUUGUUGUUGUUUUAUUAGUCUAGAGUUCCUCUGAGAGCCUGGUGCACCAUCUUCUUCACUUUUUUAGUCACACCUGCUAGUUUUAAGAGUGGAGUCCUGGGGCUGAUGGGAAUUGUAGUACAAAACUUCAAGGGUAUGAGGUUCAGGAGGGCUGGCCUAGGUGCUAAAUGAUUGAUCUGUCACUAUGAUCCUUAUAUAAAUCAUGUUAAAUGUUUAUUUUUCUCCUGCCCCUGCCUUUUCUCCAGCAAUCUGAAAUUUGGCUGAACUAAUUAUGCUUAUGUAAAAUGCCUAUUUGGAUCCUUUUAUUACUGACUAGCCUUUUUGUAUGCCUUAACCAAUAAAUACUUUAUGUUGUUGAUGAAGUUCAA